GUGAAUAGCAGACAUUUAAAAGGGUAUUGAAUUUGACUUUCGGAAGUUAUCAAUUUCAAUAGAAUGAAAAGAAAGCCAGGAUAUGCAAGACAUGUCACUUAGUUCAAUAUGGAAAAAUUACUAGAGAAUGAGAUGAAAUGCACACUGGAAAAUUUGUUUUACUUCUGAAUUUUUUGUGAGAUGUCUUCAUUGGUUUCAGCUCUUGAUUGGUAUCAUAAAAAAAUUGGAGCUUACGAUAAGCAACUAUGGGAAAAAUCAGUUGACCAACGUAUUUUAAGGGGUGUUUGUGCCAUCCCAAAAAAAACUGCACGCAUAAAAACUGAGCUGAUAGAUGUGGAUCUUGUGCGAGGUUCUGCUUUUGCUAAGGCGAAACCACAGCAUAGUUGGAUAGCAGCUACAAUAUCAGGUUUCAAACGGGUUUUGCUUUUACCAUUAUACUAUUCAUGGUGGCAAGUACAAACAAACAGUCUAGUCACAUGUACACUGGUGCUCUUAUAUUUUGUACAGAUUGCUGCUAUGUAUUUUUACUUUUCUGCAGAUGAUAAAGAAUUUUCAGAAGUUUCAGUAUGUGAAAUUUUAACUCCAGUGGUGAUGAUGUUCAUUCUUGGUAUAUUGCAUUCACAAAUUGUUGCGACUUUCACAAGCAAAAAGAGCCGAAAACAAGUCACAAGAGCCAAGCGAAGAAGGAUUAAAUCCAAACGUUUAAAGAGUUCAGCUGAUUAUGAUCGAGAAUCUAAAUCGUCACCUGAUUCAGCUUCUGAUGACAAAAUGGAAAACAUGGAAAAUAGUAAUCCUAGUCAGACUGCAAAUGAAAGCUGCGAUGAAAUUCAUAGUCCAAAGAAUAAUAUAGAAGGAAAUACAAAUAUUGCUGAUAUUGAAUGUGAACCAUGUGGAUGUAAAAGAUACUUUAAAACUGGACAACAACUUCGGUUUACAUUUCAAGACAGCUCAAAAGAUAUGACAAGUGACAGAAUUGAUACUGAGAAUUCAAACUUGGUUUUAUCUUCCGAAGAACAAGCUGUCAGUAAUACUUCAUCUGAAACACAUAUCAUGCAUUUAGCUCAAAGCAAAACUCAAGCCUCUCACUCAGAGGAUUUCAAUGAGCUUAUUCAGCCUGAAAAAGUGUUGGUGUCUGGUGCCAUGAAAUGCAUGUGCCAUAGAAAACUUAUUCCUACAGAUAAAACUGAAGUAGAAGCCUCAAACUGUGAACUCAGCAAGGAUAGCAAUGGAACCCUUCCGAAUCAUGAAAUAAUUCAAAAUAAAGACAAGGGUAAUGUCAGCUCUGAUGAAGAUUAUUUUGUGGCGAAGAAACCAUUGUACACUAGCGAACAAUGGAAGAGGUAUGUGAUGGAAAUGAAAAGCAAUUGUAAUGCAUUCAAACUUUGCUCAAAAAAUAAUUCUGUGAAAACUGGGCAGUCUAUUUUGUCGAGGAGAUACUCUGAUGUUGGUCCCAUUUAUAAGAAUGCUAAAAUUUUUCAGACAGUUCAUAACAUUCAUCAAGGUCAUCGUCAUUCUGCAGAUAGCAUUUUAGUCAAAAGAAAUAGCCUAAAAAAUAGUACUUUCUCUUCAGACCUGAAUUUAUGUACCAAAGAUGAACCUACCUCAAAAAAAAGUGCUUUGAAAGAUAAUAAGGUGAGGUGGAACCAGAGAUGUGUGCCCCCUUCAAUAACAUUGCCUAUAAAUAUCAAAAAUUUUUCAAGCUCCUGUGAAUCUGGUGCUGAAACAACUUCACCAAACACUCCAUCAAAGCCUCUCACAUCAGAUUUAGAGUGGCCUCUCAUAACUAACACUGACUGUAACAGUGACAGUACUGACUGCUCUUCUCAAUGUUCUGAAGAUAAUGGAAGUGAAGUUUCCCCUUCUGAAAACCCUUUUGCAUGGGAAAUUCAAGAACCUUCCAAGAAGUUUUCAAAUGUUGGAUACACAGGCACAGACAAAGGUCAUCGUCCAAGAUUGGUGAGCUGUACCAUUUGGGAGCGCAAUGAAUGCAAGAAGGCGGACUUAACAGCCUUGGACAUCAGUUCCGCAAUCAUCCAGAAAGUUGAUUCUUCCCAACAUAGCACAGAAUAUAUUUAUAUUGGAGUUUUGUUUGCAUUUAUCCUGUCAAGUUUACCGCUGCUGUUUCGCUUACAAUGUGGGGUUGCGGAAUAUAUAUUUCAAGACAUGACAUCUGAUGUUCUUGCUCUGACCAUGCCAACUUCAGAAGAAGUUGCCAAAAUCACUGGUGGUCUUUUAGAUGUCAUGUUUGGACCUGAAUUCAGAGUUAAAAUUGUUGUUUUUGCUGUUAUGCUGGAAAGAUUUACCUUAAGUUUAGCAUACUUCUUUUUGCUUUCUGUUGCGGAAAAGACUUUCAAGCAGCGCUUUCUGUAUGCUAAACAUUUUUGCUACUUAACAUCUUCAAGGCGAGCUAAAAGAUCAGAUCUGCCUCAUUUUCGUUUAAAUAAAGUCAGAAACAUCAAAAUCUGGCUUUCUAUACGCUCUUAUAUGAAGAAAUUAGGACCUCAAAGAUCUGUUGAUGUCAUAGUGUCAAUAACAUUUAUUUUGGAAGUGUGUGUCAUAUCAUUUUUGUGUAUUCAGCUUUUGAAAGAAACUGGCCAUUUUGCUGACAGGUUAUAUUGCUGGGAACUACUUUUUUGGACAUUAGCUCUUGGCAUAUAUCUCUUAAGAUUCAUGAUUAUUGGGAGUAAAAUUAAUAAGAAGUAUAGGAAUUUAUCGGUACUUAUCACUGAGCAGAUAAAUCUUUAUUUACACAUGGAGCAAAAACCCCAUAAGAAGGAGGAAUUAAUUUUAGCAAAUAAUGUGUUGAAGUUAGCAGCAGAUUUGUUAAAGGAACUGGAAAGUCCAUUCAAGAUAUCUGGACUAUGUGCCAAUUCUUAUCUGUAUAAUAUAACAAAAGUUGUGGUAUUAUCAGCUUUUUCAGCUGUUUUGACUGAUGUUUUGGGAUUUAAAUUAAAGCUUUAUAAAAUCAAAAUCAAAUGAUAGAAUGCAGUAGUGAUAGAAAAAUGAUAAAUUUAAAAUAUAUUUUCAUUCGAUCUCAUUUAGUUUGCUCAAUUCUACUUAUAUUUGUUUUCCUAUUUUUAUAGUAAUCAAAUUGUGUUGUUGCCUAAAAUCAUAUCCAAUUGAACAUUUCGAUUACAUUUUCUUUUUAGGAGUUUUUGAAACAAUUUUUAAAACCUGAAAGAUGUUAUUAGAAAAGCAAUUUUGUAUCAACAGUUGUGUUUCAAAUGAAAGCCUAUCAAAUUGUAAAAUUUAAUGUGUCAAAAUAGUCUUGAAGAAAAGAAAAAAACCUGGUAAAAUUUAAGUGAUCAUAUUUUAGAUUAUUGAUUGUAAUUUUUAACUUGUACAAAUCUAAAAAUAAAAUCAAAAUCAAUAUUGCAUGGUAAAAACUAGGAAAAUGUUUUGGUGUUGUGAUAGUUUGUGAAUAUGAAAAUAUUUAUAUUAUUUGUUAGCUAAAUAGAAGUUAAGUAAUUGAUUAUGGCCAAUGUUGUUCUUUUUGUGCAUGUGUUGUAUAUCAUCCCCCUCCCCCCAUAUUUUUUUUUCAAUUAUUUACUUCAUAAUAAUGCACAGGGUUUUAGUUUUGAAUGGGACAAAAAAAAGUUUGCGUGUGACUGUUGUAAUAAACCAAGCUCACAGCGAGCUACAGCUAUCUAAGUUUCAAUUGAUAUUUUAUCUGUAGACCUCCAGAGACAUCAUUAACAUCUAUGCAGUAUUUUAAUUCCUACCACACUGGUGAUAGAGUAUACUUUGUUAGUAGUUAGAGCACCCACUGCUUUAGGGUGUUAUAUCUAUUUCCUGAGUACUUACAGGAGCCAUGAAAUGAAGACAUAAAUACUUUGUCUUUAACAAAGUUCCAUAGGAGAAAAUCACAAAGGCUUAGAUCUGGAGGUUUUGGCUGCCAACACAGCAAUGGCAUAGUGUUUGAUCUAACAUGACCAAUCUAGCAAUAGAUUAAUUGAUAGCACUAUGAGACUGAAACUCUUUCGCCCAUUAUUUACUACAGUGACUAUGCAGUGGUUCUUUACCAAAUUUUGACCAAGAAUGUCUUUGAAUGACUAUAAAUGGUGAUGUUUUGGCGUAUUCCAAAAUACCGUUGGUUUCCUCUCGUUUUUUCUGUAUGGAUGGUGCAAUUUUGAAAAAAAGUGCCCUCAGCCUUAAUUUCAAAACCAGAAAAAUUUUCGCUAUUCCUACACAAAACUUGUAUGAUUUUAGCUUCAAAAUCAAUUAGUUUUCUCAAAAAAAAAAAAAAAAAAAGCAAUUGCAGAAUCUGUAUUUGGCUAUUCUUUUUGUCCCAUUCAAUAUAAAACUCCCUGUAUAAUAUAUUAAUAUUCUAAUCAAAUGUUCAACUUAUUACUCUGAGGGUAUUCACAAAGCAUAGAAUAGCAUAUGUUGCAUUAUCUUUCUUGUUGUGUCAUAACUAUUAGUUAUAACAUUUCUUUUAACAUUAUAGUGUUGGAAAUACAACAAACUGAAUUUUAUAAUUAAAAGUUUACAUUGCAUAAUCAAUCAAUUUAUUGAAAGUAGUAUUGCAACUGCACUUUUAAUGCAAAUCAGCACAUUUGCUAAAGCAAAACAAAAGGAAAAUGUUGUGUUUAAUUUUAUGAAUUGUUAUUGUUUAGUUAUCUUGUUUUCUGGACCUUUUUCAACAAAAUGUUACUUUGAAAUUCACCUAUAUUUAAGAUACAGCUUAUGGUUGAAGAGUAAUUAACUUUGUGAUAUAAAAUAAAACACAAACUACUAUGUUAAAAAAGCGCAAGUUUGCAAAACAUCGCAGACAACUUUUAGGGUUACAGGAACUCCUUUUUCAAUGAUAAGAUUGAGCUUAUGAAUAAAAAGACAUCUGAGACAAAAGUCCGACACAAGUGUCUGAAAUUUUUUGCAAAAAUGUGUACUUUUUUAAAAAUCAAUGUUUACAUUUUUAUAUCUUGUAGUUACUUUAAAACAUUCAAGCCUGUUUUAAUAUCUUAAAUUUUGAUUUUGUACUACAAUUUUACUUUUUAAUGAUACAAAUAACAUUUUAUAAAUAUUAAUCAUUUCAGAAAUAACUGUUCUAUUUGUUUUAUGAAUUCAUAUCAUUUAUAAAAUUACUUUGUUGAGUGUUUGAUUUUUAUUAGAGUAAAACUUUUUUAAUUACUAUUAAAUAGUUCACUUAAAUGGAUUUUAUUUUUAAAUUAUGAAAAAGUUUACAAAUUUGUUUAUUUAUUUAUCUUGAAAACAUUUUGUAAUACUUCUUCAGAAAGCUAGUUUGUUAAUCAUUAAA